AUGAGUGGCACCAUGUCGAAAAAGACAAUGAUUGCCAAAAUCUUUAAAGUUCGAAAGAGAAGAGAAAUGCUUCUUGUACAAGUCUGUUUCAUCUGCAGUGUUCUCCUCUUGGCGUGGUGUAUGUCUGCGCUCCUCACUAAAACAGGGCACGGCCUGGUGAUGCAGGAAGGGGCGUUUGUGGCCACCGAUCGCUUGGGCCGGAGGCUGAUGGCCACAGCGGGAGACAAUGGAACGGAAGAGAAGAACUGCACGGAACCAGCCGUCCAUGAGUUCCCAGAGGACGUGUUCACCCCCAAACAGCGUGCCCAAGGAGCCAUCGCGCUACACAUAUUUGCAGCACUCUAUAUGUUCCUGGCUUUGGCCAUUGUCUGUGAUGACUACUUUGUGACUUCUCUGGAGAAGAUAUGUGAGAAACUGCACCUGAGUGAGGACGUGGCAGGAGCCACCUUCAUGGCUGCCGGAAGCUCAGCCCCAGAACUUUUCGCUUCUAUUAUAGGGGUGUUCAUCACGCACGGAGAUGUGGGGGUGGGCACCAUCGUGGGCUCGGCCGUGUUCAACAUCCUCUGCAUCAUCGGCGUGUGUGGCAUCUUCGCUGGGCAGGUGGUGUUCCUCACCAGGUACUCAGUGUUCCGAGACUCCUUUUACUACACCCUCUCUGUGGUGGCUCUCAUUGUUUUCAUAUAUGAUGAAAAGAUAAUGUGGUGGGAAAGCCUGAUCCUUGUGGUCAUGUAUUUAGGCUACAUUCUCAUCAUGAAAUUCAACACCAGCAUUCAGAACUACUUCUCGGGCAAGGAGGACAAGGGCGUAGCGAACGGCAACACGAUUAGCGAGAUGGAGGAUGUGAAGCCGACUAAGAGCUACAGCCGCGGCUCGGUGGUCAUGGUGGACGAGAUGAUGAACUCCAGCCCGCCCAACUACCGCUUCCCGGAGGCGGGCCUCCGCAUCAUGAUCACCAAUCACUUUGGGCCCAAGACCCGCCUGCGCAUGGCCAGCCGCCUGAUUAUCAACGAGCAACAGCGGCUGGAGCAGGAGCCCAACGGGAUGGAUGGCACAGCGGUGGGCGACGGCAAGAUGGACGCCCUGGAGAACGGCUCGGUGCCCGAGGACAAGCUGGCAGAGGAGGCCGAGGAGGGGGAGUUGUCAUCUCCUUUCAGUGUGCCAGGGGGCGCCAUGAACAAGGUGAAGUGGCUCAUCUCCUGGCCGAUCCUGCUGCUGCUGUACUUCACCAUCCCCAACUCGGCCAAGCCCCGCUGGGAGCGCUUCUUCAUGCUCUCCUUCUGCCUCUCCACGGUCUGGAUCGCCGUCUUCUCCUACUUCAUGGUCUGGAUGGUCUCCCUCAUUGGCUACACUCUUGGAAUCCCUGAUGUCAUCAUGGGCAUCACGUUCCUGGCGGCGGGCACCAGCGUGCCCGACUGCAUCGCCAGCCUCAUCGUGGCGCGGCAAGGCUUGGGGGACAUGGCCGUCUCCAACACCAUUGGCAGCAAUGUCUUUGAUAUCCUAGUGGGGCUCGGGGUCCCAUGGGCGAUCCAGACGAUGGCUGUGGACUACGGUUCUGAGGUUCAGAUCAACAGCAGAGGGCUGGUCUACUCCGUCGUGUUGUUACUCGGAUCAGUAGCGCUGACUGUUCUGGGGAUCCACGUGAACAGGUGGAAGCUGGACUUCAGGCUGGGCGUGUACGUGAUGGUGCUCUACGCCGUCUUCCUCUGCUUCUCCAUCAUGAUCGAGUACAAUGUCUUCACCUUCGUCAACCUGCCCAUGUGCAUAGAGGAGCUGUAGGGCCUGGAGGCCUGCUGGGG